AUGGACGUGGACUUCAACGUAUCUCAGGAGUUAAACACUCCUAUUAAGAAGAUCAAAAAUCUUACAUUGACUUCGCCAUUUCAAUUUUCACCUCCGAACCUCUACCCUUCGCUAGAUGAUUUGGGCACAGAAAUGAGUAACAAAGGGUACUCCAGGAAACUCACUAAUAACGUCCUUGACGAGUUGAAUGCUAGAGCUUCAGAAAUCUCAAGAUACAUCAAGCAACCAUUGACUAACACUACCAACAUCGGUUCCUCUCCCACCGCCCAACGUAGGAAAAGGUACUCCGGAAUCCAUAGACAGAAAUUUAACAAAAUGGACCUGAUAUCGUCGCAUUACGCUGCGGGAAGACAACACCAACAGCUUCAUGAACACAGCCAAGUUGUGCAUCAACACCAGUUGCCAUACCAUGCUGUCUCUCAUACUUCUCCACCGCCCAUGAAGCGUACUGAAAUGUAUCUGCCCAACAGGAUGAGGCUCGAUUCAGAAGACAAGAGAGAGCCCGACGAAAUUAUGUCUAGUGUGACAAAGAGAAGAAGAACGUUACAUGGACCGGAGGAAGUGCUCCCAUCUUUGACUCAACCAGGCCACAACCAAUCAACUGCAAUAGACUUGGAGCCGGACAUGCACGAUGUCUCCUCCCCUUUUGAGCUCAACAGCAGCCCAAUUCGUAAAAUAUCCCCUUCCAAGGGAAGCAUGAACUUGAACGAGUUAUUGAAUGAUUUUACCACAAAAACAAACGACAUAUCACCUACUAGAUUGCCCAUGCCAGUGGCUCUGAGAAAUCAGCUUAUGAGGAGCCCUACAAUAAAGGCAUCGUCUACCACAGUUAGAAAUCUCAGCACCACCUCACCAGUACAGCCACCACAAGCAGCAGCUGCCUCUGCACAACCAAAAUUCAUGGAAAGACAAUUCCUCAAACCAAAGCCAAUCCUCAGACCACAACCACUUGGAAGUAAUUCUCCAAGCAGAGUUAGAGUAUCAUCCCUCGAGAUGGCCGGAGUUAAAUCCUCCAGCUCCAACAGCAUAUCGUCUCUUUCCAAGAAACCUUCUACAGUUUCUUUGAACGUUCCAACUUCUCAUACUGCCUUAAAAGCACCCCAUGGUGGAUCUGGUAUCCCGGUACUCAGCAGAAAAAGUUCUCAUUCGACAUUAAAUCAUAUUAAUAACCCAACUCCGACACUUCAAAAGAAGACCUCAAUACCUACGCUUCAGAAGAAGACGUCUAUACCCAAACUUGCGCUGAAGCCCAGUAUCCCGAGAUUUGAUUCCCUACACCCAAAACCUUCCCCCCUGUCUCAUUCCACCACUACCCCACAGCCAUUUUCCUUAUAUAACAGACCAACAAUAUCUUCAUCACAAAAGUCAAUCGAAACUUCAGCACCACACUCCACAUCCACUUCUCAAUUGAAGCAUAAAAUGUCAAGCUCGUCACUUCAACCUCAAAAGAGAACAGAAUCAAGGUUUCUGAGAUUUUUGAAUUUGGGAAAGGAAAAGCAGUGGGCCUAA